CCAUUGAGGGGUGUCGUGGUCCUAAAACAGGCAAUAGACAAAAUGCAGAUGAACACAAACCAACUUACCUCAGUUCACGCAGACCUGUGUCAGCUGUGUUUGUUAGCAAAGUGCUUCAAGCCAGCCCUGCCCUUUUUGGAGGUGGACAUGAUGGACAUCUGCAAGGAGAACGGAGCCUACGACGCAAAGCACUUUUUAUGUUACUACUACUAUGGUGGCAUGAUCUACACGGGCCUCAAAAAUUUUGAAAGAGCACUGUAUUUUUAUGAACAGGCAAUAACCACUCCAGCCAUGGCAGUGAGCCACAUCAUGUUGGAAGCCUAUAAAAAAUACAUCCUGGUGUCACUUAUUCUCCACGGCAAAGUGCAGCAGUUGCCCAAAUACACUUCACAAAUAGUAGGGAGGUUCAUCAAGCCCUUGAGCAACGCAUACCACGAGUUGGCUCAGGUUUACACCACCAACAACCCGGCCGAGCUGCGCAGCCUGGUCAACAAACACAGCGAGACCUUCACACGAGACAACAACACAGGCCUGGUCAAACAGUGCCUCUCCUCUCUCUACAAGAAGAAUAUCCAGAGGCUAACAAAGACCUUCCUGACACUGUCUUUGCAAGACAUGGCGAGUCGAGUGCAGCUUUCAGGCCCGCAGGAAGCAGAGAAAUACGUCUUACACAUGAUUGAAGAUGGUGAGAUCUAUGCUAGCAUUAACCAAAAAGAUGGUAUGGUCUGCUUCCAUGACAACCCUGAAAAAUACAACAACCCAGCAAUGCUCCACAAAAUUGACCAAGAGAUGUUGAAAUGUAUACAGCUGGAUGAGAAACUAAAGUCUAUGGAUCAGGAAAUCACAGUAAACCCACAAUUUGUGCAGAAGAGUAUGGGAUCGCAGGAGGAUGAUGUCGGUAGCAAAACGUCUAGUUAUUCCUGAGGGGCCUUGGAUGGGGAGAGAACGCUGCAGCCACCCAACACGUUCUUCCCAGGAUGAGUUGGAUUUUUUUAAAAGAGGAAAAACAAACAUUCUAUCUCACAUAAGGACAUUGGUCAAGGAAAAUCUAAUUGUGUGGAAUGAUGAUAAAUUUGGUUAUUCUUACUUCACAGUGUCUUAAGGAUAACGUGAGAUCCUUACAGAAAAAGGAGGAAAAAAAGAAAAAAAAUUACAAUUUUGUCAGUGUUUUAUUUAUCAAUGUUCAGGUUGAAGCGCCACUGCUACAUUAACAGAAAUCACAAUAAUAAAAACUGGACUUAUUUGUUCCAAACGUAUGUGAAAAAUCUCACUGUUUGUUUUGGUUCUGCUGCAUGAUGGCCGUGACUUUGAGGGCAUUACGUACAAGGUCAAACAUCUAAAAUUGAUGAAGAAUGAAUCUGAUAAAAUUCUGCAUUUGUAAAGACUGCAAGCGAUCGUUUCCCUCUCACUCCUGCCGGUUAGAAUGUAGAUAUCAUCAAUAGUGAAUCUGUACACAUGGACAUGCCCUUGACCAAAACUCGGCACAAUGGAGGAGUCGUUCACAAUCUGGUGCACUGUUUUGUUUUUCUUUUGUUUUGUUUUUCUUUUGUUUAGGGUUUUUGUUGUUGUUUUGGUUUUUUUUAGGUCGGAUCCACUAGAGGUCGCUAGAGCACUGUACAGAAAACCGAUUUGACAGCUUGUUAUUACAAGAGGUGAAGUCAACAGAUGAAACCAAACUGUCAUGUAAUUUUGGGAGCUUGAGCUUGGCGAUUGUGGAUCUGUUAAUAAUAAAUUGUUUAAGAAUAUA